ACACAGUGGCUGCGCUCGCCCUAAUUGUCCUCUGUACCUUUAAGAGAACCACGCACCUCUUUCAUCCAGGAGAUUCUGCGUGAUAUGAACCACCAUCAAUUUAAGGGCUCCUUUAUUCCCUGAGUGCAGCAGAUGAGGAGAGACUGUUGCUAGAGAGCUCUUUUCUAUAUUAAUUCAUAGAAACUUGUAAACAUUUUAUUAUUUAAAUUGGUUUGUAAAUAAUGGACUAAAUAUGAUUUUGUCUGAUUUAAAGAUGUAUAUUUUUGUGCUUUUUGUAUUUUUGGGAAUUCUACUAUGUGGACCUGGUCAAUGCCUAGAGUGUCCAUUAGGCUGCGAGUGUUUUGCCCUCACGCGUGCAGUUAAAUGUGUUUCAGCAGAUCUAUCAAUAUUGCCUCGAAAUAUUCCUGGAUAUGCAAGGACCAUCAUCAUUACUGGGAAUAAUUUACAACGAAUUGAGUCAGAUUCAUUCACAGAGCUGGACAAUGUCACCAACAUCAUUUUAAACAAUAAUGGGAUUUCCGAGAUGGCAUCCCACAGCUUCUCUGCCCUCAUCAACCUCCGUUUUCUGGAUCUCAGUGGGAACCAGCUGGCUCUGCUCCACCCAGAGGCUCUGAGCAUCCCCGGCAGCCCCCUCCAAGAGCUCAACCUCAGCCGUGCUCUCUACAACACCAGCGCCUUGACCGACCUCACCACUGCCCUGAGAUGGGGUGGCCUCAGGGGGCUCCUCCGACUUGACCUUUCAGGAAACAACUUGGCUCUGCUUCCACCUGGGAUGUUCGCUCACCUGCCCAACCUGCAGCAGCUUUUCCUCAGGAGCAACUCCCUGGUGGCAGUCUACAGUGGCACCUUCUCGGGCAUGAGCCAUUUGGAGCUGCUAGACCUGGGGGACAAUGCCUUCAGAACAUUUCGAGAGGAUGCACUGCAGGAGUUAGGGAAGCUUGGAGACAACCGGCUACUUCUUGGAGACAACCCGUACAGCUGCUCCUGUGAGAUCCGUGCGUUUGUGUCCUGGCUGAAUGACUCAAAAGCGGACAUUGAUGUGGAAAGUGUGAGGUGUGCUUCACCAAAGAAACUGCAUGAUGCCCGGCUCCGUGGUCUGGGGGUAGAAGCCAUUGGCUGCGUUGCUCCUGUCCAAGGAGAGGUCACAGACUUGACCCUGCAAACAUCCUAUGUGUUUUUAGGGCUUGUGCUCGGGUUUGUGGGCAUGGUCUUCCUCUUUGUGCUUUACCUCAACCGCAAAGGCAUGAAAAAGUGGAUCAUUGAGAUGAGAGAUGCAUGUCGGGAUGUCCUGGAGGGAUACCAUUACAGAUAUGAGAUUGACACAGAUCCUCGGCGCACAUCUGGCUCCAUUUCUGCAGAGAGUGGGAGCACCAGAGUCCCGGGACACUUUGGUCUCUCACAGCAGAUGCCCAGUGACACCUGUAUUGACCAGGAGCCCACAGACCCACACGUCAAGAAAGUGACCAGCUCUCCAGCAGUGAACAUCUGUAAACGUAACAUUAUGUGCUGAUAUAAAUUGUGCAUGUACAGCAUUUUUUAUGUAAUCUGCAAUGUAUAUAGCCAGAAAAUGAUGUUACCAGAAAGUUAAAAUGUAGAAUAAAUUUAAAUAAUUGAUUAUUGCGUAUUAUUAUUAUUAUUAUUAUUAUUAUUAUUAUUAUUAUAUUUUAUUUUUGUAGAUCUAUGUAGGAAGAAUGUAAUUCAGAGUAGGAAGUAGGAAAUAGGAAUAAAUCAAAAUGUUGUUUCAGCAUCUUAAAUAUUAUUACUAACGAUUGCCACUUUAAUGUGUAGGCCUAGCUUUAAGAGGACUAUUGUAUGGUUAUAAAGGCACAAACAGCAUACGUUUUUAAAGCAGUUAUAAUGUUAUAAUAGCCUCUGUAUAUACCUGAUCUACUUAGUGGUUGCAAAACUGAGCCCCUCUUUACUACUGAUGUAUGUGCUCCAGGUGGCACUGCUGUUUCAAUUCACAGUGUGAUUAAGUGUCUCUGUACAGGGGAAAUAGGGCAGUAUGAAAGAUAUUGUUUGGAAACGCACCUGUUGGCAUAGCAGCUGUGCACCUCCACUGUCUUUACCUAUUUCAUGUAAACUUUUGUAUCUUUACAGAG